AUGGUCAAGGCUGUUGCUGUCCUCCGUGGUGAUUCCAAGGUCUCCGGCACCGUCACCUUCGAGCAGGCCGAUGCGAACUCAGCCACCACCAUCUCCUGGAACAUAACUGGCCACGACACCAACGCUGAGCGUGCCUUCCACGUUCACCAGUUCGGUGACAACACCAACGGCUGCACCUCUGCUGGCCCUCACUUCAACCCCUUCAACAAGACCCACGGUGCUCCUGAGGAUGAUGAGCGCCAUGUUGGUGACCUGGGUAACUUCAAGACUGAUGCUGAGGGCAACGCCGUCGGCUCUAAGCAGGACAGGCUCAUCAAGCUGAUUGGCGCUGAGAGCGUUCUGGGCCGCACUCUGGUCGUGCACUCCGGUACCGAUGACCUUGGUCGUGGUGGCCAUGAGGAUUCCAAGAAGACUGGCAAUGCUGGUGGUCGUCCCGCCUGCGGUGUCAUUGGCAUUGCUGCGUAA